AUGAAAGUACCUUCCAGGAACCCGGAUACGAUUCUGAAAUGUCUAUUUUAUCGGGAUGACGGACAGCUUUGUGAUUUCGCUGUUAUUGAUGACGAGACAAAUGAAGCGGUGACAUGUCUACGUGCUAGCGAUUACAAUAUCGUUCAAUUGCGUGUUCAUCAAGAAAAGGCUCAUGGGAUCUAUGCAUUACGGGCGAGUGAGAUUGUUCGGCGUUGCGAUUCACAUGACGAAUGGCUAGUAGGGUAUGAUCAGAUUGAGCAACAUUAUCAACGACAUUAUGAAGAUUUGGUAGGAAGCGGUGCUGUACCAAUUGAUCAUACUAAACAUUGUCUAUUCUGCCUCCAUGAUGAACAACUUCGAUUUUCAUUACGGAUGAAAGAGUAUCAGUAUUCUUCAGAUCUAGCAAAGCAUUGUAAUUCAACACAUUUGCUUCGCCAUCGCUCUCCAACCAAGACGUGUCCAGAAUGUUGGGAUGAAGUCGGUAUACGUCAAAUCUUCGACCAUCUCAUUGACCAUGGCUGGCAUUUGGCUGGCAAGGCUGGUUUACGUACUGUACGACCGACUCACAUUAAUGGAGAUUUUUCGCAGCUGGUUCUUCAAGGUAAGCGUGAAGAGCGAGCAUCAAUAUUACAAGGAUUCGAGGAUUACAUUGCUUCUUUAGAUGGUAGCAUGGAGUAUCAAGAUAAGCAAAUUCGGAAGCGUAGAUCUUCGGAGAAACGAAAAGUUUCUGUGAGCGACGCCCGAGAUAAGAUUGCGCAGACAAGAAUCAAAAAGCACCAAUACUACCUUAAUGGAGAAGGCAGCAACCGACCAACAAGACGUCCUAAAAGCCGGGGGUAUCUUCUGACGAAUUCAAUUCAAGAUGAAAAUACGGACGAUAGAGAAAAUGAUGUGCUAGAAGGUCAACAAUCGAUGAAAGAAGGCAGUUUAGGAAUGGAUGCUAGUUCAAGCCGUAACACUCUCGACAGGCCAGCGCUUUCUGACUCAACAAAUCUCUUUGAACGACAUCCUGACUUAGCAUGA